AUAGAUUAUGAGAUAAUGGAUGGUUUACCAAUAAAGUCGGGCUUUACCAUGACCAGUCCCAUUGCGCUUUUUUAUCAACAAAAUGAUGGUACUCUUAUACCGAUCGCUAUCCAACUAUUUCAGAAGCCAGGUGUCGAUAACCCUGUGUUUCUGCCGAGUGAUCCUGAAUAUACAUGGAUUCUAGCUAAGAUGUGGUUCAACGUCGCAGAUGCCAACUAUCACGAAUCCGUCACACAUCUUGGAUUUACUCAUUUGAAGAUGGAAGGAGUCGUUGCGAUAACACACAGGCAAAUGUACAAAACACAUCCGAUCUAUAAGCUACUGAUGCCCCAUUUCCUUUACCUUAUUGGCAUAAACUGGACGGGAAUUCCAUUGCUACUAGGCAAGAACGGAUAUAUUGUAGAGCUGCUGAAUAUUGGAAGAGAUGGAGCGACUGAACUGAUCAAGCGGAAAAAUAAAAGCUGGCGAUUGGAUGUUGACGGUACACUGCCGAAUGACAUAAAAGAACGCGGUUUAGAUGGCUCUUCUUGUUUGCCCGAUUUUUACUACCGAGACGAUGCGAUGGAGAUUUACAACGCAAUUUUAAAAUAUGUACAGAAAUACAUUAAUCUUUACUACGCCUCGGAUAAGGAAGUUCUGAAUGACGAAGAGCUUCAGCAAUGGAGGAAGGAAAUGGUUGCUCCAGUUGAUGAACAAGGUCUUGGUAUGCUCGGUGUAUUUGGAAAAGAUGACAAAUUUACUGAGAAAAAUCAAGUUUGCCUUACAUUGACAAGCAUCAUUUUUACGUGCAGUGCUAAACACGCAGCUGUCAACUUCCGGCAGUAUGAGGAAUACGCCUUCCCACCAAAUUUUCCGAUAACCUUACGGGGAAUUCCACCAAAAACAAAAGACAAACUGAAAGAGGAGAAUCUUAUGCAACAUCUUCCACAAAAAGUAACAACGUACGACAUGCUGGUCAUAACAGACACACUGAGCACUGACAACACGCAUGCGCUAGGGAACUUUGAAGUUCAGUAUAUAACUGAUGUCAAAGCGCUUAAGAUUCUUGAUGAGUUCAAAGCAGACCUUGCAAAAAUAGCGCAGGUAAACAAAGAGAAAAACAAUAAGGACAGAAAAAUUGAAAAGUACUGGGCUCUUAAUCCAAAGCGUGUCCCAAAUUCUAUUGCUAUUUAGUUGCUAUAAAGUAGCAUGCAAAUAUUCUAGGAAAAAUAUUAAUUAGAACUAUUAUAACCAUGUGAAUUAUUGCUAGUACAAAUGUACAUGUAUUUUGUCAUAACUGAGCACACAUGGACAGAAUGAUUCAAACUACUAGUAUUACAUUAGUUGUGUGAAACUUGAAACUUUGAAUAUAUCCUUGAAGUUUGUUCUAAACGAUAAUAUAUUGGGUUUUUUUUUUGGUUUUGGGUUUGGUGUUGUUGUUGUUGUUGUUGUUGAUGGAGAAUCACAAAUUGUCAAUUAAUUUAGAGAAACGGGAUUGACACUUUAACUUGAAAUGAAGGGACAUUUUGCCCAUCCAAGUUUAAUGGUCCGUGAAUAACUUGACAUAUUGCCAUAAUUGGGUUUAACUUUAUUAGUCCCCUACCGGUUUAACCGGAGGGGACUUUAGGAUUACCCUCCGUCCGUCUGUCUGUCUGUCCGUCUGUCUGUCUGUCUGUCUGUCUGUCAGUCCGUCACUCC